CCUGCAGCGUCGUCAUUGCGCAGAACAGUUUGAACCAAAAAGCGGAGUGACCUUCCUCCGCCUUCAGUCUGAGAGGGGCAGCACUGAAGCGAGAAGCCGCUCACAGCUCCCAAAGUCCAGCGCCACAGCCUCAGAAAUGAACAACAACUUAGUCGGAGAUGAAGUCGGGAAACUUUUUGUAGGUGGACUGGACUGGAGUACGACACAAGAAACACUGAGAAACUACUUCUCACAGUAUGGAGAGGUAGUAGAUUGUGUCAUUAUGAAGGACAAAACUACAAAUCAGUCACGAGGCUUUGGCUUUGUUAAGUUCAAAGACCCAAAUUGUGUACGGACAGUGCUGGAGACAAAGCCACAUAAUCUUGAUGGAAGAAAUAUUGACCCAAAGCCAUGUACCCCCAGAGGAAUGCAGCCUGAAAAGUCUCGAACCAAGGAGGGCUGGAAGGGCAGCAAAGCUGAUAGCAAUAAAUCUAAGAAGAUAUUUGUAGGUGGAAUUCCCCAUAACUGCGGAGAACCAGAACUCAGGGACUAUUUUAAUAGAUUUGGAGUGGUCACAGAGGUGGUAAUGAUCUAUGAUGCGGAGAAGCAGAGGCCCCGAGGUUUUGGAUUUAUUACUUUCGAGGCCGAACAAUCAGUGGACCAGGCUGUCAACAUGCAUUUUCACGACAUCAUGGGCAAAAAAGUGGAAGUAAAGAAAGCCGAACCUCGUGACAGCAAAGCUCCUGGCCAGCUUGGUCCUGGCCAGUGGGCGCCCAGGGGAAUCUUGACUGCAGCUAAUGGUUGGACAGCACAGCCGGUCCCGGGCUGGCAACAGGCGUACGGGCCACAGGGAGUAUGGGUGUCUGCCACUGGCCAGCCAAUAGGUGGGUAUGUACCUUCGCUUUCAGCAGGCCGGGGAACCCCCACGCAGCCUCCUUCACCCUUUAAUGCAUUCCUGGUCACCACCCCAGCUGGCAGCUUCGCAGCACCUCAGGGCUACCCUCAGCAGGGCUACAGCACAGCACCUCAGUUUGGUUACAGUUUUGGCACACCCCAGGCAGACCAGUAUGCUCCACAAGUUCCUCCUCCACCCACCACACCAGGAACGGCACCACUGGGCUUUGCCCCCGCCACCACUCCUACUCAGGACUUGAGCAAGGCUCCCACAGGCCAGCCUGAUUUUUCUUACAGCCAGUAUGGCUUGGGUAACUACCCUCAGGACCCCUCUGCCUACGGACCAACGCGUCCUUCUCACAAUUAUGGUCAGGAUGAGCAGGGAGGAUAUAGUGCAGGUAGGUGCCAGCAUUGUCUUCUCCAACCACAAAAGAAGCAUUUCUUCACUAAAGUUUUUACAGAGCUGCAGCUUGAUGUUUGCCUCUUUCCUUUUGCCCUGUCUGUAGUAUUUUGCAUGUACAUUUUGCAUGUACAUACAAAUUACUGUGUGCCUUCUUGUAUAGUUAAGCCCGGCUAUCAUUUACAUCACAGCUGAGCUGAUUUGAAAGACAUUUACAUUGAGUUGGCUAGUCUAGCUCAAAACAGUGGCCGUGGUUUGACUAUACCAAGACUAGCAUGUCCUCCUUUUUCGUUGACUGUCUGCAUUGCUUUGCUGAUUUCUAAAAGGAUGAUCUAAUUGUCAGAGAAUUUGUUCAUGGCUCAGUUGUCUCUAUGCAUCAGCAGUCUAUUCACCCAUCGUUUUUUUCCCGCCCAUCUACUGUCUCUAAUUAUAGCUAAAGGGGUGAGAAAGGAAAGAAGAUUUAAAGGAGACCACUAUACCAGUAAAUUUGAGUUUCUCUCAGAUUCUUCUCUCAACCAAAAAAUGUCUUGUAUUUUUCUAGUUGUGCAUUUUUCCUCUUGUCUUUCCACUCCAGUUGUUUGAAUUGAUCUAGACGGGGUAUUUUGGAAAUGUAUUGAUACCCUUACUCUUGUUUUUAACUGGAUGCUGCCAGUACAUGAAGAUUUCUAAUCAUCAUCUAAACUCUGUAAGAAUUUGGCCACCAAUUGGGGAACAAAACUGACAUUCAGGCAGUGGUCUGGAUCACCUCCUCAGGGAGAUUAGUUCUCUUUCUUAGUCGUUCCUGUUAUUCCUUCAUGUUUUUGCUGGGAAAUGGUGCCAUCCAGUGCCUAAAUCAAUUAUAAAGUGUGUUGUGCAUACUAUGCAAGAUACUCAACACAUUUUAGAUCUAAACAAAAUUACUUGAAUCUAGAUGAGACAUGUACUUUAAUGUUCAGAAGUUUCUACAUUAAAUGGCUUGUUAAAAAAUGACAGUUUUUGAAACUUUGGGGGAAAAUCCACCCUGAAAUUCACAUUACUGUUUACCUUGGAAACUAUAUCUGUCUCAGGUUAAGUUGUUUUUAAAUUAAAAAGCAAUAGCACAAUUUAUUUAACCAUUUCAUGAAAACUGACUUUGUAAAUGAAAAAUAUUUUGGGGGGAAAAAAUUAUUAAUCGGGCAACAAAGAUGAAAAAAAUGGUUAGAAAUCAAUCACCUUGCUGAUCAUUCCUACUGUCUGGUGAAAAUGAAUUUCCCCCUUUUUAUAUUUGAUCUGUUUUUGCCUUUAUUAAAAUUUUAAAAUGUUUUAAAUGAGUCAGAGAUAAUCUGAUUAAAAACAAAAUGCUUUCUUCAAACUGUGUUUUUUGACUAAGGGGAAUAAAAAGCUAUUCAAAGCAACGUGGAUCCCAGUAAAAAGUAACAGACCACUAAAUUAUUGGUUGUACCACGCUUGACGACAACAACUGUUACUAGGCUUUGCAAUAACUGGUAAUGAGAUUAUAUCACUGCAGAAGAAUUUUAGCUGAAUCUUCUUUGAAGACUUGUCUUAAUUCACCCCAGGUAAAUGGGUUUUGAGCACAAGCAGCCUUGUUUAAGAUCACACCAAAAAAAUUAGGCCACUCCAAAAUCUUUUUUCCAGUUUGCUUUUUUGAGCCAAUCAAAAGUGGACUUGCUGGUGGGCUUUGUAUCAUGGUCCUGCUUCAUAACCCAAAUGUUGGUUCUUGUUUUGAAAUGCUGUUAGGUUGACGCCAGAUACAACAUGUGCUCCCUCCGCUUUUGUCCCACCAGUCCACAGAAGUAAUCUUUGGGGUCAUCAAUAUACUUUUUAGCAAAUGUUCGAAUGGCCCCUUUUGGUUCGGUUUGGUCAGCAGAAGUGAGAAGAUUCACCACGGUUCCAUGUUUCCAUUUGUUGAUAAUGGCUCUCUCUGUGGUUCACCAAAGCUUUAGAAAUAGUUAAAUAACUCUUCUCAUAUCUGAUAAAUGUGAGUGGCUUCGUUCUUUAUCUGUUCUUGGAUUUCUUUAGAUCACGGCAUGAUGUGUUGUUUUCUGAGAUCGUUUAGCCUACUUCAUGUUUCCAGACAGGUUCUAUUUAUCCAGUUUCUUGAUUCUAUAGGUCUGGCUGUUAUCAGACCUGAGUGUCACUUGUAAAAUUGAAACACAAUCUGGUUCUUCAGUUAAUUAAUCUGCAAAUCUACGGCUUAGUCUGAGAUAAAGAUUCAGUGUGAUGCAGUGACCCAAAGUCUGCUAACCUGCUUUCUUCUUUAAAGAUCACACAACCUUUCUGCAGAGGGGAGCUCACCAUGCUUUUCUUUCCAGUCCAAUUCCCACUUUAAGAAUUACCAUUUACAAAAUAUGCCUUUUAAAGGAUAAAUAUGUAGCAAAGAGUCUUACUCUGAAUGUCUUUGUAUAUGAACACAAACCAGUGACUGAGGCGACGGGUUUGCAGGGAUGACCGGUUUAUGAUGUAGAGCAGAUACCGAUGAGUGAGAAAAGUAGAUUUGGUUAUAAAUCUCAUUGCCUCAGUCAGUUACUCUGUCAAACAUUUGAAGACAAUAGGAAGAUGCAUUCAUAUCAGUAUAUCUCCUAUCUCUAUAGUCGGUAAAAUCCAAAAAAGCACCAUUCGUUUAAUUUCUAUUUUAUGUGAAAGCAUAAAAUUCUGCAAUAAAAUCCUAAUAAGAGCUCCAGUUUUUUUAACAUAAUGAAUGUACUGCAUAAAAGUCAAAUGGGAAUCUAUUAAAAAUCCUAAAGAUGUCAAAAGACUGACUCGGACCAUUAAAAACUAUUAAACAAAUGGCUACACUCUUCAGUUAGCUCAUGGGGCAUUAUUAAGACAACACUAACAUCUUCAAGUUAUCAGAGUUCUACUCACUCAUAAAUUAUAAGGCAUAUCUAUUUCCUCACAUUUUUACUAAUUCUGUUAAAUGGAUGACACUGUUUGACUGAAGUAAUAUUUACUUGGUUUUUAAAGACCUGAUAACCAAUUACUCAAACUGUACUUGUAAUAAAUGUAGCAAAUCGUUUUUACAGAACUUAAAAUUAGAAGCAAAUGUGCGAAAAAAACAAACAUCAGAAGAUUUAAAACUAUUUAAAUAACAUUUUUAUUACAAAGCUUCUAUUAAAUGUCUAAUAAAAUGCAGUCAGAAAUAAGGAAACGCCAAAAAUGGUACAAAAAAGAUAAAAACUAUUAUUCUAGAAUAACAUAAUGAAAGACAAACACUAAAAUUACAUUUUCUUUUGAUAUCUUAAUGCUAAGACCUAGGUGAAAUGAUAAAUAAUAAAGGCAUUAUGAUUAUAUAAAAAGACAUUACAACAAAGAGACUUGCCUAAAAUAUGAAAGAAACCAGACAAGAUAUCUGCAGUUCAGGCUAAAAAAGAUUUAAAAAGUGUUUUAACUUUUAAAAACCUCAACUGUCUCAGCUGCCAUUUGGUCUUCAUGUUGGCUUUUCCAAAAGAAAUUUAUGCUGACAUAAAUGAACGACGAUCACCAUGAGUUUUAGUUUUAACAUCAGAUAGCCAUAAAGUAUAAGCUAAUCAGAUAAACAGGCUGGGUUAAAAUACUUAUAAAUAGGGCUGAAAACAUUGGUUAAUUAUGUUCUACAUUAUAUCUUACAAUUAAAACAAGGUGUUCGUUUUUUUAUAUACCAACAUAAGUGGGAAUCAAAUAACUGUAAGAGGAAUGGUGGAUUUUUCCUCAACUUUCUUUCUUUCACGUAAGAGUCUUAGAGAAAAUUUUGCCAACCCUCCUCUCGGAUCUCAGACAUUAAAGUUCUUCUUUUCGCUUUCUGU